AUGAACAACAGCGAGCUUGCCGCGUGCUUCGAUCUCAUCGCGAAGACCUCCCAGCAAGACUACAAGUCGUCAAGCCGGGGCUGGGACCCCGAUUACAAGAUGGAGGAGAUGUCAGACAAAGAAAUGAUGUACCUUCUGAUUCGGCAGGCAAAAGGUUACGUAGGUAUGGACAGGGUCAGCGAGCAGGAUUCAAGCGCAAACCACGCUGGUGCAAUUCUCGGCUUCAUUUCCUUCAAGUUUGAACCUGAAGAAGAAGAACUGAAGAUGAUGAGGCCAGUUCAAUACAUCUACGAGAUUCACCUCGAUGACCGACUUCGCAACCAAGGUCUUGGCGGACGAAUGAUACAGUGGGCAGAAAGCCAAGCUCGCUUGGUCAAAAUCAGCAAGAUGAUGCUGACGAUGUUCACGGUCAACAAGGGGGCGAGGCGAGUGUAUGAGAGGGAGGGCUUUGUAAAGGAUGAGCUCAGCCCUGGAGACAGGGUGACGAGGAGAAAGGUCAUCGAGGCUGACUACAUCAUCAUGAGCAAGGAGCUGUAA